AUGGCUACAUCUAUACUUGGGGAAGAACCGCGGUUCGGAACUACCCCUUUGGCCAUGUUGGCGGCAACCUGUAAUAAAAUUGGCAACACAAGUCCUCUGACAACUUUACCCGACUCCAGCGCGUUUUCCAAAGGCGGAUUUCAUCCGUGGAAAAGAUCUUCAUCGAGUUGCAGCUUGGGCUCCAGUCUGCCGGGCUUCAGCGUGGCGACGAGCCGCAGCACCCCGGGACUAACCACCAGCACUGGUACAAACAACAGCGCGUUUUGCCUGGCAUCCACCUCGCCAACCUCGUCCGCUUUCUCCACCGAGUACAGCAGCUUGUUUUCCAACUCGGCCAGUGUUACCUCUCAAGAAUCCGGACAGUCAGCGUUUAUUUCCAAAGUACACACGUCUGCGGAGUCUUUGUACCCACGAGUGGGUAUGGCGCACCCGUACGAAUCCUGGUACAAAUCCGGAUUCCACUCCACGAUCUCGGGCGAGGUGGCUAACGGCGCGUCCUCGUGGUGGGACGUGCACACGAAUCCGGGCUCCUGGCUUGAUGUGCAGAACCCGGCGGGUACACUGCAGAGCUCGCUGCACUCUGGAACACCGCAGGCCAUCCACUCCCAACUGGGCGGCUACAACCCCGACUUCUCCAGCCUCACACACUCCGCUUUUAGCUCGACUGGCAUCAGCCCAACGGCGUCCCAUCUCCUGUCCACGAGCCAACACCUGUUGACGCAGGACGGCUUCAAAACAGUCAUCCCUACGUACACGGACACUUCAGCAGCUAACGCGAUGAUAUCAGGUGCCAGCUCGGGCAUCGGUACCACCUCCAGAUCCUCCAGGAGAUAUUCAGGCAGAGCCACAUGUGACUGUCCGAACUGCCAAGAGGCGGAAAGGCUCGGGCCUGCCGGUGCCAGCCUGCGCAGAAAGGGACUGCACAGUUGCCACAUACCGGGAUGUGGCAAGGUCUACGGCAAAACAUCACACCUCAAAGCGCACCUCAGAUGGCACACCGGCGAGAGGCCGUUUGUGUGCAACUGGCUUUUUUGCGGCAAACGCUUCACAAGAUCUGACGAGCUUCAGAGGCACCUGCGCACUCACACCGGGGAGAAACGCUUCGCUUGUCCGGUGUGCAACAAGCGUUUCAUGAGGAGCGACCACCUGAGCAAGCAUAUCAAAACGCACACGGCCGGAGGUGGAGGCAAAAAAGGCAGCGACAGUGACACCGACACGAGUAACCUGGAGACCCCCAGGUCCGAAUCCCCAGAACUCAUUUUAGAGGGGGUAAACCCCAGAGUCACGGUCAAAGAGCAAUCUCCUCAUCACGAGUCCUGAACAUCCCGAUGCCGCCAAAUAUGCAGACAACAUGAAAAUAUACAUAUAUAUACAUGCAAACUCAACUGCUGUCCAAAAACUGGUAGGUCUGUAUUCAAGGAUAAAUAAACGGGUGAAGAU